CACAGUCAGAGAGUAAAAGAGAGGGUGAAAGUGCCACUGGGUGUAAUUGAUUGCCUCCCAAUCACAAUAACUUGUUAGUAAGAGUCAAUCGCGGUGGCGCUUUGAGUCUCGCCAUUUUCUCCAGUAGCCCGCUACAGCACCUCGGACUGCCGCGCGCUCUGGCAUGCGAAUCGUUUUCAAGAAAAUCUGGGAUUGGAAAAGUCUGCCUUUAAAACUGGACUUUAAAUCUUAUCAUACUCCAACGGAAACAGAAGCGAUGGUGUUUCCCGGGUUCCUGUGAUCUGACGGAUUUACGAGUUCCGUCUGUCUUUUUUUUAUUUUCUUUCUUUUUUUAAAAAGUUUAAAUUUAAUUUAUUCAAACAUUUUAACUGGUUCAAAUUGCAUAAACUAUUCAGUAACUCACACGACAACCAAGAAUGAGCUCCAAAGAAGACGUGAAGAUUUCGUCGGUAGAAGAACGAAGGCGAAGCGCACUGGAUCAUCUUCCUCCGCCUGCGAACUCCAACAAACCACUCACUCCAUUCAGUAUAGAGGAUAUUCUGAACAAGCCGUCCGUUAAGCGCAGUUAUACGAUUUGUGGAACAGCGCACCUGAUUUCAUCCACUGAAAAGCUUUCUCCGGCGGGUCUUACCUUGUCCAAUCGGGCGAUUCUCAGUCAGACUUCACCGCUUUGCGCCCUGGAAGAAUUAGCCAGCAAAACAUUUAAAGGUCUUGAAGUGAGUGUUCUGCAGGCGGCCGAAGGGAGGGACGGAAUCACACUAUUUGGCCAGCGGAACACUCCGAAAAAGCGAAGGAAGUCCAGGACAGCGUUCACCAAUCACCAGAUCUAUGAGCUGGAGAAAAGAUUUCUGUAUCAGAAGUAUUUGUCUCCCGCGGACCGAGAUCAAAUCGCCCAGCAACUGGGGCUGACGAACGCACAAGUUAUCACCUGGUUUCAGAACCGAAGAGCCAAACUCAAAAGGGACUUGGAGGAGAUGAAAGCGGACGUGGAGUCGGCCAAAUCGGUCGGUCCGGUGUCUUAUGAAAAAAUGGCCAAAUUGGCUGACCUCGAGAGAUGCGCCGCGGGAACUCUCGAAAAUUCCAGAGCAAUGUCCCCGGCGCUGUCUAACCACGAGCACGACAUUUCAAACCACCUACAAAUUUCCCCUUCCUCCCCCUUUACCGACCAAACAACGAGUAAAGAGUGUUCGGAAGAUGAAGACGUGGAAAUUGAUGUUGAUGACUGAUUGGAUAUUUCAUAGACGGAUAAAAAAGACAACACUAGCCGAAUCAUGAUUAUUACUUUUGCUGUUAUUAGUAUCAUUAUUGCACCAAAUAUAUUGUGACUUUUAUAUGAACAAAAACAUUUAAAGCAAGCAUGAAUGGUGAAUAACAGUAUAUAUGCAGCGAAAACUAUAUGACUAAUAUAAUCAUAUAUUUAUAUUUCCAAAACGGUACAUUUAAUUAAAAGCAAUAAUCUGGAUUCUUACAGAAAAGAAAUCAUACGACUGACAAAUCAGGAUUAUAAUCGAAUCGCGUUUGUUUUACACACACACACACACACUCUCUCUCUCUCUCUCUCUCUCUCUCUUUCUCUCACACACACACAUACACACACUCACACACAUACACACACACACACAGGCUAUGUACAUGCGUAUUUCAUUUUCUGUCGAGUUCUCCAGAUUUUCAACUUGCAUGUUAUAUGAGCACGGUGUAUUCCUUUUUUUUUUUAAAUUUAUUUUGGUUUAAAAUUGUUGCUUAUUUUGAAUCUCCGGAUACACAUUUUUAUAAAUCCACACAUAGCCUAUAUUUUAUGUGUGUGUGUGUGUUUGUGUGUGUGUGCGUGUGCGUGUGUAAGAAUGCAUACUGCCCAAAAAAGUAUUUACAAAACUGCAUGAUUUAAAAAAUUUUAAUGAGCUGAUCAUCAAAAAAUGUUAAAUACCAUGUCACACAAAACUCGGAAACAAAAACGACCUUUAAAAAAUGGCCGACUUUUCCACAGUAUUUGAUUCUUCUAUCUGAAUACAGUACAGUUACAUUUUAAUAUAUUUCCUAUGUUUUGUAUGCCUGUAAGUGCCUUUUAAAUCCAGGACACUAUUUAAAAGCAAUGUAUAAUGUCUAAUGUAUAUAACAUGGAAAUAAAAAUCGCAUUUCAACAGUAUUUCUUAUAUUUCAUAUAUUUAUAUAUUACCUUAGUAUUAGUAAUGGCAUAGCAGUUGGUCCUACUACAGACAGUACUUUGAGUGUUUCGUGGAAUGUGACAUUGUUGCAUUAAAA